ACUUAAAAACUUGUAUUGUGUCUCUCUCUCUCUCUCUCGAUACUACAUGUUAUUUCCUUUUCUUUCUCUCUAUAUAAAUACACACAUACAGAAACUUAGAAACUUCUAUUGUGUCUCUCUCGAUCUGUAUAUUGUCUAUCUAAAAUGGCUAUGUCGGAGAGUUCAUCGUCGUCGUCCCCGGAGAGUUCUUGUCCUUCGAUUCCAAGUAUUCAAAUGGUGUCAAAGUCAGUAUCAGAAAGGCUUCUAGGGAAGUUUUUUGAUGCAUCACAAUAUGACUUUGAUUAUGAACAGAGUGGCUUGUGGUCUCCUCCGAUCGCCGCUCGUCGGGUGUUCUUGGACUCUCCGGCGGGGAAUAUAUGCUCAGAAGAUGAGAUGUACUCUAAGCUCAAGAAAGCCAAGAAGAGGAGAAGAAGAAGAAGAAGAAGAAGAAGAAUCACUACUUGUUUUUUCAUCAAUAUUGAUUUUUGGUGUUCUUGAAGAAGACAAAUUUGAUGAUUCCUAUCUUGCUAGCAAAGGCACUUAAUCUUGAGAGUUACGUAUCAUCUAGCUAGUCAAAAAGGUUAAAGUAAAAAA